CGCCAAUCCGCAAGACCCGCGCGUAUUCGAUCCAUGGCCCCUCGCGGGAAUCACUCCAAUCCCGCUUAUUCCACUCGCCAUGUCUGACUCGGGGAAUCAACAACUCAAGCGCAAACGUGCCCGGAUAGCCUGUGAGCCAUGUCGACAGAGGAAAAGAAAAUGCGACGGGGCAACACCGUGCGCGACGUGCACUGACUGGGGUUAUGACUGCCACUAUACAGAUCAAACGCCCCGAAAGCGUCGUCUAUCACAGCCAUCUCCCGCUGCAACAGGGGAGCCUCUCCGCUCGCCAGAGGAGGUCGCCAAUCAGUCUGAUCACCAAGGCAUAGCCCGCAGUCUGGAAGCCAAUUCCGCUGCCGCAUUUGUACGCAAGAUGGGCCUCAAGGUCGAUCCCGCUAAAGCGCCCAAGUUGGCCUUGUUUGGAUGGAACAUCGGUGCACGGCAGUUACCCUCACCCUCGGGUAUGGGAGCUAUACCCCCCGGGCCCGUCGUCGAUAUCAUCUCAUUGUCCGAUAUGAGACAGCUGGCCGAGGUUUAUUUUACCAAGAUCGAUCCUUGCUACGGCUUCAUCGACCGGCACAUCUUCGAGGACCGCCUCGAGACGCGAUGGCAGUCCCCGCUUUCCAGCAGCUCCGUGUAUGAUAGCGUCCUGGCCGGGGUCGCGGCGCUUGGCGCUCUUUUCUCCCGACGAAGUAUGACCAUCACCGAACUUCACCUUGUCGAAGCGGCCCGUUCGAUCCUCGACGGCCACAACGGUUCUGGGCCUCCAGUCCUUGAGCUCGUGACCGGCUGGGCUCUCCGGGUGGUGUACAUGCGCAUGACGGCGGCACCACACGCUACCUGGAUCGCCAGCUCCACGCUGAUGCACCUCAUCGAGGCGGCAGGUCUUCACCUCGAAUCAACCACAUCGCACGACACUCUCCCAUUACGUCCUGCCACGCAACACGACCGAGAAAUCAGCCGUCGGCUCGUGGGUGUCGCUCACCACCUCAACAUCUGGACUUCCUUCGACCUCGGACUGUCGCGCGUGUCCUUCCGCACGGGUCUUCCCCUGCUCCCAUCCCCCAAACCAGGCGACUACACAUAUGAGGUCCUGAACCUCCUCCCCGCCUCCGCAUGCCUCGAUCCCGAGAAUCCCCAAACAGAUGGCGACCUCGAACCCACCCUCACCAAAGUUUUGCGGGGCACUCACACCCAGCCCCCAUCCGUCAUGGCUCAAACGAACCUUGUCCUCUGCAUCCUUCGGCGUCUUCGCAAUUUAAAUCUGUCCAUCACUCCGCAGGUCAUCGACGAGGUCCUGGCUCUUUUCGGCCGAGCCCUCUCGCACGCGCGGAGUAUGGUCACGGAUUGCUGUCCCUGGCACCAGGUGGCCAAUGUCCCAAUGCAGAUCCUCUAUGUUCUGCUGGAGAUGGACACGCGAGCGUCGCUGGCGAUGCUGCCUGAGGCGAUGCAGACGGUGACGCUGGUCGCCAACACAUACGAUACCGCCACGAUGAAGGAGGCGUAUAGCACCGCACGCUUGCUGGUGUCGCUUCACCAGCAGCGUCGUUCAGAGGACACGAAGGUGCUGGCUGAAGUCCUUAACCAAGCCCCUGGCGGGCAGUCUGGUGGUGACACGAGGACUGUGGUCGAACCAUUCAGUCCGAGAGUGGAAGAACUGUCUUGGUUGGAGGGGUUGGUCGCGGAAAUGCCGAGUCUGCAAGGGCUUGAGCUGGAGCCGUGGCUGCAGCUCCAGGGGGAUGUGCUUGGCGGGGAGGGAUGGGCAUGAUGCAAUCACCAUACGGGAUGAUCUUCAACGGGGUGUUAACCACAUAAACAUAGAUCGUGUCCUAUAAACCCCUCGCUAUAAGGAUAUAACCCGUUCCACGAUCUACAGCAUGAUACCCGGAACGUCAUUCUGUUAGCCUGAUUGGCUUUCAGUCAAGUAUACACUCACGUGACCAUAAUAUACCCG